AUGGAGCCUAAUAACUACAAUUCUUCUUCUAAUGUUGUUGUCACGGAGGAUGAGAAGAAGCCAUUAUUAGAAGAGAAAAAGAUGGGUACAAUAAUAAGAUACAAAGAAUGUCUCAAGAACCAUGCAGCUUCACUUGGUGGCAAUGCAACUGAUGGAUGCGGCGAGUUCAUGCCCUGUGGUCAACAAGGUACCAUUGAAGCCCUCAUCUGUUCUGCAUGCAAUUGCCAUAGAAACUUUCACAGGAAAGAGAUUCAAUCUGAAGCUCAAGUGGUGAAGCAUAUUUUUGCACACUCAUCAAUUAGUCUUUCUGAUCAAUCUUAUGAUCAUGAUCAUAACGACAAUAAGGAUUAUUGUGAAAAAGGGGGGGUGAGGAUGAAGAAGAGGUUCAGGACAAAGUUCACACAAGAACAGAAGGCGAAGAUGCUCGAUUUCGCGGAGAAUGCAGGAUGGAAGAUACAGAAGCUAGAUGAAUCUAUGGUGAACAAGUUUUGCCAAGACCUUGGGAUCAAGAGAAGGGUACUCAAGGUUUGGAUGCACAAUAACAAGAACACUUUUGCUGCGAAGAAUAAGCAGAAUCUUUCUACAACCACCUAG